AUGAAGACGGAAUUACUUAAAGGGCUUUCGGCAAUUCCAGUGCAUAUCCCAGCAUGGUACCGUUAUUACGAAGAAGGAUCUCGGUUAAAUGAUAUUUGUAUGGAGCAGUGCAAAUGGUACUAUUUUCAUCAUUUUGAAAUGAAAAUUCUGAAUGACAUUUUAACUGAAUUAAUAGAUAAUUUGAAAGAUUCGAGAAUGCUUGUUGACCUUGGUAGUGGAAAUGCAAGCAAGACAAUGUUGAUCUUAGAUAAACUUUUAAAUACGCACGAAUCUCUUUCUUACGUCCCAGUAGAUAUUUCUAAAGCCUGA